UGUUUUUUCUCUUAUUUUUUGAUAAAAGGAAUUGAAGGUUUAUUUUUUUGUAUUUCAUAAAUUUCGCUCGCAUACAAAAUGUUGCAACAAGACUCAGACUCAGGCUCGGACUUGGCCGAGGUCAGCGUACAGGUACUGGAAGAGGGACCCACUCGGCGGGCGGUUGCGUUUAAAUACCCGUUCUCGGGACAACCAGACAUUGUGCGGUCAGCGCAAAAGGAUCUCUUCUACCAACAGCGGCUGCAAACCGACCUCUCGUCCAUCGCGCAACAAACACUAGGCAACCGGUUCAGCGCAACGCACCAGUCAGAAAUACGAACAGUCUCCAGACUGCUCUACCACAGCCUAACGACGCUCUUGGGAGCACAAACUCUGGGCGAAGAGUACUGCGGGAUAAUGCAGGUUGGUCCGGACCAAACGUACCCUGCCUGGGGGCGUCGCGUCCUGAUGGUUCUGCUGCAGUCUGGCGGGGCAUUUGGGGCGCUCAAGGCUCUGGUGGGGCUGCGUGGGUGGCUGCGGCGGCGAAGGGAGCGGCAGAAAAGGGGUGAGAAAAGGGGUUGGGCGGAGCGGCUGGCGGACUGGAGUGUUUUGGCGGCUGGCCGCGGUGACGGGUGGGGGUCGAGGGUUGCGAUGGCGCAUUUGGCGGUGUUUUAUUUUACCGGGGCGUAUUACGGAUUGGCGAAGCGAGUGACGGGGAUCCGCUAUGUGCUCACGCGUGGGUUGCGGCCAGGCGAGGAGGCAUCCGGAUACGAGGUUCUGGGUGCACUGUUGGCUAUCCAGCUGGUCGUGCAGACAUACAUGCUGGUGCGCGGGCGAAAAGGCGCCGCCGAGGAGGCAGCGUCCGAGGAGGCAGCGUCCGAGGAGGCAGUGUCCGAGGAGGCGGAGGAGGAGGAAUCGGGUGAGAAGAAGGGGACGGUUCGGCACAAGUGUACACUGUGCUUGUCUCCGCGAUCGCAUUCCGCGGCCACGCCUUGCGGGCAUGUCUUCUGCUGGACCUGCGUCUUCGAAUGGUGCCAGGCGCACUCUGAUUGCCCAUUGUGCCGGCAGCCGCUAAAGACCAGCCGAAUCCUACCGGUGUACAAUUUUUGAGAAUGAGCAAAAUUUUUCUAUUGAUACAGCAGCGCGUAUUCUACAGGCACUCCUAGAAACGACUUGUCACAGAUAUACUCAAUACACUGGAGGACACGGUAGUUCUCUCGGGCAAUGUCUUUGGCCAGGAGCAUCUGCAGGAGUGAGGACUUUAACGUGGGCCCUUCGUCUGGCUCGCUUUGCGCUUGCUGCUGCUGCUGCUGCUGUUUUUU